AUGUCAUCAUAUAAUAAUAACAAUCCGCCAACAUUUAAUUACUUAUUUUUUAAUAGUCCAUUUAGAAGAAGUAGCAGAACUACCUCCACUUUCACCACUACAGAUAAUAAUAACACUGGUAAUGCUAGGUCAACUAGCACAAAAAAAAAAGAAUGUAUAAUUUGUGUUGAAAAACGACCUCCUAAAUCAUUUGUGAUAAUUUCAAAUAAUUGUAAUCAUAAUGCAAACAUAUGUGAUGGGUGUGUUAGUAGAUACAUUGAAAGUAAUUUAAAUGAUAAAGGUGAUAUACAUAUCAAGUGUCCUUUUGCAGGAUGUGGUGUAGUUUUAGAUAAUUAUGAAAUAAAAAAUCUUGUUAAUGAUAAUUUAUAUCAAAGAUAUGAGGAAUUAGCAUUACGUAAAGCACUCCAACAGAUGCCAGAUAUUAGAUGGUGUAAAAAUCCUAAAUGCAAAUCAGCUCAAUCUCAUGUAGGAAGUGACGCUGAGCCAAUAUUGACAUGCAGAGAUUGUGGAACUAAAAGUUGCUUCACGCAUGAUUCAUUAUGGCAUGAAGGAUUAACUUGCCAACAAUAUGAUAAAAUCGACAAAAAUAAAAAUAAGGCUACUCAAAAAUAUUUAGCAAAGCAUACCAAACCUUGUCCCAAAUGUGGA